CCGCUGGCUCGGCGGGGCUGGCUGCUGAGGUCCGAGGCAGCGGCACGGUGGACUUCGGGCCCGGGCCCGGGAUCUCUGCAAUGGAGGCGAGCGGGGGCGAUCCGGGCCCAGAGGCCGAGGAUUUCGAGUGCAGCUCUCACUGCUCGGAACUGUCCUGGCGGCAGAACGAACAGCGGCGCCAGGGCCUCUUCUGCGACAUUACCCUGUGCUUCGGCGGUGCCGGAGGCCGCGAGUUCCGGGCCCACCGCUCGGUGCUGGCCGCCGCCACCGAGUACUUCACGCCCCUACUCUCAGGCCAGUUUUCUGAGUCCCGCUCGGGCCGGGUGGAGAUGCGCAAGUGGAGCUCGGAGCCGGGGCCCGAACCCGACACGGUGGAAGCCGUUAUCGAAUACAUGUACACUGGGCGCAUCCGCGUCAGCACGGGCAGCGUGCACGAGGUGCUGGAGUUGGCCGACAGGUUUUUGUUAAUUCGUUUAAAAGAAUUUUGUGGCGAGUUUCUCAAGAAAAAACUUCAUCUCUCCAAUUGUGUAGCCAUUCAUAGCUUAGCUCACAUGUACACCCUAAGCCAGCUUGCUCUGAAAGCUCCAUUCAUAGCUUAG